UCGGAUCAUCUCCCUGCCGCCACUCUUACAGUAACUAUGUCCAGUAGUUUCAGAUGCCCAAUGGGUCUAAUCUAAUUCCCUGCCGUAAAAAAAUGGCGAAAUCCACGUUCUCUCAUUUCCUUUUUACCAUUUCAUUGUCUUCUUAUUCUUCUUACUUGAGCAGCAAACCAAUAUAUCUUCACACAACCCACUCACAUACUCUGUUUUCAGUCCAUGACACCGUUGAAUCCAUUCCAGAGCAACCCACCAGCGUGAGUAGCUUCGCUAAAUCAUGGGAAUCGAUCAUACCCUUUUCAAAUCUUGUAAAUAUCUUCCAACCCUUUGUGUUUUUUUGCAAGUUUUCUUCGUUUUCGCAUCUGGGUUUGGAUCAAUGGCGCCUAUUUCAGCCGCAUUUGGUCCAGAUGGAUUCUUCUGCGCCAUUGAUGCCAGUGGUAAACAGGAAGUUAUUUGUUGGGGCAAAAAUAGCUCGUCUCUUUCACCUUCUUCCUCAUCUUCCACCUCCAUCUUCUCCGUCGCUAUCCCCCCAAUGGCCGCUCUCUCCGGCGGCGAGGGGUUUCUUUGCGGCAUUUUAGCAAACACUUCGCGUGCGUAUUGUUGGGGUUCGAUAAAUCCAGGUAUAGAUCUCGUCCCAUUGGAUUUUCGAAACACGGCUUAUUCGCAUAUUGCCGCGGGAAAAAGCCAUGUUUGUGCAAUUAGAGGAUCCUAUUAUUCUGAUAGCGAUUCAGGUCCUAUAGAUUGUUGGGAUGUUUCAAGAGCUUCAAAUAAGAAUACCCUGAUCUCUAAACAGAGUUCUCUGUUUUAUAAUCAAUCGAUUGCCAGCCUUGUCUUCAAAAGGGUUGUUUCCGGUGAAGGAUUUAGCUGCGCCGAGCUUCGUGAUGGAGGGAUUCUUUGCUGGGGACCAAAUUCCAACACUCUCGAUGUUUCUAAUGUUUCUGAAAACUACAUCGUACUAGCCGCCGGAAAAGAUGCUGUUUGUGGAAUCUCAGAGGUUUCCGGUCGAGUUAAAUGUUGGGGCAACGCCGAUUCAUUCAUUGGCCUUCCGACAGCCACUGGAUACGUAACGUUGACCGCUGGAGAGCAACAUUUCUGCGGCAUCCGAUGGGAUACUCACGAAGUGGACUGUUGGGGUAGCUUGAAUUCAUCUUCGAUUCCUGAAAACACAGGAUUUAUGGCAAUUGCUUCCUCUGAUCGAUCAAUCUGUGGCAUUAGAGAAGAUAAUCUUGUUCUUGAUUGUUGGUUUUCUCAUUCUUCUGAGGCUCCUCCUGGCAAUGAUCCUCCAUUGGAGCUUUGUAGCCCAGGGCUAUGCGCUCCAGGGCCUUGCCGUGAAGGGGAAUUCUCUUUCAAUGCCAGUAUUCUAAAUGAACCAGAUUUGAAAAGCUUGUGUGUAAGGAAGGAUCUGAACAUUUGUUCACGUUGUGGAGUGAAUUGCUCAAAUGGGUUCUUCUUAUCUAGCCCUUGUACUCAAAAUUCUGAUAGGAUUUGCUCUGCUUGUUCUCUAUGCCAGAACAGUUCUUGUUGGGAUAUCUGUGGAGUUCAGUCAUCUCCUGAAUCCAAGCAGAAGAAUUGGCAUCAAUGGCGUAGUAUAUUGCUGAUAAUCGGCGGUUCGGUAGCUGGAUUAGUCCUGAUUCUUCUCGGUUGGUGUCUUCAUCCUCGCGUUAUCGCUUCGAAGGACGAGAGCAAGAAACAACACAAGUCGGAGCUGGAGACUGGUACUGAAACUGAUUCUUGUGCUCCAUUGGCUCCGCCUUGUCCCGGGAUUGCUCAGAUUUUUCGACUUUCAGAGUUAAAGGAUGCAACCAAUGGGUUCAAGGAGUUUAAUGAGCUUGGUAGGGGAAGAUAUGGCUUUGUUUACAAGGCUGUGUUAGCUGAUGGGCAGCAGGUUGCAGUGAAGAGGGCUAAUGCUGCUACCAUCAUUCAUACCAAUAGCAGGGACUUUGAAAUGGAGUUGGAUAUCCUUUGUAAGAUAAGGCAUUGUAAUAUUGUGAAUCUGUUGGGGUACUGUUCUGAGAUGGGAGAAAGGCUUCUUGUUUAUGAAUACAUGCCGCACGGGACGCUUUACGAUCAUCUCCAUGGCGGGCUUUCUCCUUUGAAUUGGAUGCUUAGGUUGAAGAUAGCGAUGCAGGCAGCGAGGGGUUUGGAGUAUCUGCAUAAGGAACUCGUGCCUCCUGUCGUGCAUCGAAAUGUCAAAACUUCGAACAUUCUUUUGGAUUCCCAUUGGGGUGCUAGAAUUGCAGACUUUGGGCUUAUUACAUCAAACGACGACGACAUUAGCGGGGAUUUAACGAGUGAUGUUUAUGACUUUGGAAUUGUGCUGCUAGAGAUCAUCAGUGGAAGGAAGGCUUAUGACAGAGAUUAUACACCUUCAAGCAUAGUUGAAUGGGCAGUGCUUUUGAUCAAGCAGGGUAAGGCUGCAGCGAUUAUAGACCGAUACACCGCGCUACCGAGAAACGUUGAACCUCUGCUUAAACUUGUUGAUAUAGCGGAAUUGGCUGUAAGAGGAAAGGCCAGUGAGCGACCGACGAUCUCUGAUAUCGCAUCUUGGUUAGAGCAAAUUGUUAAAGAUGGGUUGAUCUUAUAAUCGUAGUUAGUACCCUAACACGGGUGCUCGGGUUCGAAACAUACGUUUUGAUCGAUGGGACGGAACAUAUUCUUUUACAGCUUAUGUGAGUGCUGCUCUCUCUUCAACUGUAAAUUAGUUUUUGAGCUUCAGCUUGUACAUGGACACAUACUUCAUUGUUACACUAUUUCUUUCAAUAAAGGACUUGCCAUUUCUGAGCA